UUGUUUUUGCACUUCUUUUUCUCUCCAUUUUAAUUGCAUGCAUCAACUAUAUAAACCCUAGCUAGCUAGCUGGAACUGAAACCAACAAACAUCGAAGCCAUUUCUCUCUUCUCUCCCAUCCCCUCACAGCCAAGCUAACAGCCUCAACCUUUCGAAAAUGGCCCUUGUUCCUCAGAAUUUCCCUAAGGCCCCUGCACCUGCUCAGAAUUAUAAUAACCCCCCUCUACCGGCUGCUCAGAAUUAUAACAACCCCCCUGCUGCACCUGCUGCUCGGAAUUAUGAUCAGGCCCCUGUACCAGCUGCUCAGAAUUAUACCCAGACCCCCAUCCCAGCUGCUCAGAAUUACAAUCCGGCUCUUGUACCGGCUGCUCAGAAUUAUACUGCACCCGAUGCCCCAGGUGCUCAGAAUUACAAUGCGCCCCGUGCACCAGCUGGUCAGUAUUACAAUAAUCCCACCGCCGGAGGACGCAGAGGCGGAGACCACUACAACCGCCCUCUGCUCAAAACUGGGCGUCGCCAAUCUUCAAUAACUUCUGAUGACAGUAUGCUGACCAACCAAAUUCUGGCUAGUGACAAGUCUCAUGCCCGUCCCUAUGAUGUCACUCUUCUUUCUUUGAAACACAUUCUUCAAACCGUCGACGUCAUCCUGUCCCACGUUACCCAACCUGACAUCCACGGCAUUUUCACUGGAGCACCAGUGCCAGGUGCACAUGCCGAUGCUUUGGAGCAUGAUAAGGCUCUUUAUGCUACCAUGAGUGGCGUCCAUGACAACUACGAUGUUCCAACCAGCCUGUUUAAUGAAAUUUCCUGCGAGAUGUUCUGCAAGUGGCAGUCCGGGGAAGAUGCCAACAAGAUAACCAUGGACAUAUUAGACAUUGUGCAACACUACGACUGGGAUGAGAAGGUUGUUCUUGCUUUGGGAGCUUUUGCUGUGAAAGAUGGUGAAUAUUGGCUUGUGGCUCAACUUUACACCGCCAACCCUCUUGCAAAAGCGGUUGGGCAGCUUAAGCAAGUGCAAGAGAUACUGGAACGUGCCGGAACUAGCUUGAAGACCAAGUUUGACGCCUACAACAAUCUGGUUAGGGCCGUGCUCAACGUGACCAAGUGCAUUGUUCAGCUACAUGACCUCCACCGCGAUCCCCACUUGACAACUGAAGCAAAGUCAGCGGCUAACACUGCUCUUAUCCCCACAGCUGUUUACUGGACGGUUCGGAGUAUUGUAGUUGCUGGAUCACAACUUUUGGGGAUCACUGGCAUGGGUCCUGAGUAUGUGACAGAGACAUGGGAACUAUCAUCCUUGGCCCAUAAGCUCGAAAACAUACACAGCCACCUCAAGGACAAUCUCGACAGAUUACAAGAUAUCAUCCAGAGGAAGAAGGAUGAUGAAGCCUUAGCUGCAAUUGCUUACAUCUUGGAAACACCACACAUUGAUAACACCAAGCCUUUGAGGGUCUUGUUUUACAAGGACGAUCUGCCUGCACUCUAUGAUUGCUACACCAAGAAGAGGGUUGACAUUGAUGUGCUGAAGAGGAAGGUUGUGAUACUGUUCCUUUCGGACCUAGACGUUGUCCACGAAAACGAGUACAUUAUUGUGCAACAAAUGUACAUGGAAAAACGGCAUAACCCAACUAGGCCAGAGAGCCAGUACGAGGUUGUGUGGGUUCCUAUUGUGGACAUGUGGACCGACGCCAAGUACCAGCAGUUUGAGGAAGUUAGAAGGAACAUGGAAUGGUUCACAGUGUUCCACCCUUCGGUUGUCUCUCCGACUGUCAUCAGGUACAUCAGGAAGCAGGAUAAAUGGAACUACGUCAAGAAGCCUCUGCUUGUGGUGAUGGACCCUCAAGGAAAAAUAGUGCACACCAAUGCGGUUCACAUGAUGUGUGUUUUUGGAAGCGCUGCCUUCCCUUUCACUAGCAACAGAGAGAAGUUGCUCUGGGACGAGGAGACAUGGAGGAUGGAGCUUUUGGCAGACUCCCUCGAUCAAAACCUAAUUACCUGGAUCACAGAAGGGAAAUACAUUUGCUUGUAUGGUGGGGAAGACAUAGAUUGGAUCAGAAACUUCACAAAGUCAGCAAAAAAAAUGGCUCAAGAAGCUGGGAUCCAGUUGGAAUUGCUUUAUGUGGGGAGGAGCAAGCCUAAGGAGAAAGUGGUCCGGAACAUCAUGAACAUCAUCCAAGCUGAGAAGCUAAGCCACACUCUUGAGUGGAACCUCAUCUGGUUCUUCUGGUUGCGUCUCGAGAGCAUGUGGCAGUCCAAGGGACAACAGAUUCAGUCCGAGGCUUUUCGGUCAGGUCAAUUUAGGACCGACAACAUAAAGAAUGAUGCAGUGAUGCAGGGGAUCAUAUCGAUGCUGAGCUUUGGUUCAAGUGACCGCGGGUGGGCUGUGAUUGGCGCCGGUUCAUCAGAUAUGUCUAAGGCUAAUGGGGAGCACAUGCAUAGAAGUUUGAGGGAGUUUAACUUGUGGAAUAGAAGGGUGAGUGAGAUAGGGUUUGUGCCCGCACUGAAUGAGUACCUGGCUGGGGUUUAUAAAGAAGCUCCACAUCACUGCACCAGUCUCAUAUUGCCUGCCACUGGACUCAUGCCAGAGACUGUGGCCUGCGCUGAAUGCGGCCGCCUCAUGGAGCGGUUCACCAUGUUCCGCUGCUGCACUGAUUGAUGAGCUUAUGUUGCACCAGACCACAAGUGUGAUUUUUAUGAUACGUUGAGUUUCCCUUGCUGAUUACAGGCUUCUGCUGCUUUUCACUACUCGAAGUUUGCUAUAUUAUGUAUGACAAUAAAUGUGACAUCUAAAUUAUGCUGGUGCAUUAGGUGCCGCCUACAGUGUGUUUUCAUAUUAUGAUCCAAUAUUAUCGCUAUCAAUAAAUUUCAAUUAUUUUUAAUA